AUGUUAGUUAAGUCAAAUCGCCUGAAAAAGAAGUUAAAGGCAGUCUCACAUCGUAAAGAUCCUCCACUUAGACAUUCAACUCCUCCACAAAAUGUACUGAAACAUAAAGAACAGAAGAAGGAAAGCAAUUUUGACACUGGAAAGCUGGCUUCUGCAAGGAAAAGGUUUCAAGAAAGUUAUAAAGAAGCUGAGAAUGCCAAAAAACAAAGAACCGUACAAGUGAUGGACAUUCAUGAGCUACCACAAGGUCCAAAACCCAGGAAUGGUUUCUUUCCAAAAAGCAAGGGAAGUGGUUCCCAAGGGAGGCACUGGCGAUUUGGUUCAUUGAUUUUUGUUUUCCUUCAUGUUUUUGAUCAUUUUGCAUACCCAACACCGUCAACAUCCACUGCGCCGGAACCCUAUGUGACUGCACCACCAGCUAGUUAUCCGAUGAGCAAAGAGGAGUCCCAGAAACCGGUUGAUUUCGAAACCAAGUCCAAAGGUGAUAAAUUCCGGAAGGGAUGUUAA